AUGGGAUUUGCGAAAAUAUUUGCAAAGACCAUAGGCUUCGCAGGUUACGCUCUGCAAUAUGCGUGUUUUACACACUGUACUUUUGAGUAUGUUGGCGAUUUUGUAAUGUGCUCUGGACCUUCAAUGGAACCUACAUUGGAAACAAACAACAUACUUUUUACGGAGCAUAUCACUCCAAGAAUGCAAAGAUUACGUCGAGGUGAUAUUAUAAUAGCAAGGUGUCCUACAAAUCCAAAGCAAAACAUAUGUAAGAGAAUAACUGGCUUACCAGGUGACAAAGUUCGAGGUCACUUUCGAAGAAGCCAGUAUGUUCCAAGAGGCCAUGUUUGGCUAGAAGGUGAUAAUUCUGGUAAUUCUUCUGAUUCCAGAGUCUACGGCCCUGUUCCACAAGGCUUAAUAAGAAGUAGAGUCGUGUGUAGAGUGUGGCCAUUAGAUAAAAUUAGUACUUUGUCCCAAAUUUAG